GUUUAGGUGAGUGCACCUAAAUGAGCAAAGCUCUUUGUACCAAACUCACUUCAUACUCAAGCAAUAUAUGAUAUGAAUGAGUCAAUCUGUGUGAUCAACAUUCAAGAAUUAAGUAAUACCACAGCAGCAGCAGCAGCCUCCCAAUUCAUAAUAUACAUUGAAACCAAGAAAGAGAGGGAGAUGUGGUGUGGUGUGGUGUGGUAGUUAGUUGCAGAGUCUUCUUCCUCCCAAAUAUUUGACUCUUUCCAAUCUCUUUGUUUAUCGUUAACUUCACGUCAUAGCAUCUCACCAUUCCACAAUCCACAUUCAACCGCAUACAACAACAACCAACGAAUACUUCAUAAUUAUUUCAAACAACAUAUCCUUAAUUAGACCUCAACCCAAUUAAUAGUCUUCUCCUCCCUCCUUCCUUCCUCUCUACUCUCUGCCCUCUUAAUUCUCGACUUUCUUUCUGCAAAUCUAUCUACACACAUGCUGCAUAUCCCCACUUCUUCUUCUUUCUUCAUCAUGUUUUUAGUAUUAACGCUGCUACUUCUGUUACUGAUGAGCUCUGUGGAUUCGAGAUUUGUAGUCGAGAAGAGCAGCAUAAGCGUGCUGUCUCCUUAUGAUCUCCGCUCAAAGCACGAUGCUGCAAUUGCCAACUUUGGGGUCCCUGAUUACGGUGGAUCCAUGGUCGGAACUCUGCUUUACCCACAAAAGGCCUCCGUCGGCUGCUCUUCUUUCGAUGGAGAUAAGCCUUUCAAAUCCAACUCCCCACGUCCCACUAUUCUUCUUCUUGAUCGUGGAGAUUGCUACUUUGCAUUGAAGGUUUGGAAUGGACAGCAGGCGGGUGCGGCCGCAGUUUUAGUGGCCGACACCAUAGACGAACCCCUGAUCACCAUGGAUUCACCUGGAGAGAGUUCUGACGCUGAUGGAUACAUUGACAAGAUAGGAAUCCCUUCAGCACUCAUCGACCGCUCCUUUGCUCAGGCACUCAAGGAUGCCCUCAAGAAAGGUGAGGAUGUGGUGGUGAAAAUAGACUGGUCGGAGUCGAUGCCCCAUCCCGAUCAAAGGGUUGAAUAUGAACUCUGGACCAAUAGCAACGACGAGUGCGGGAUUCGCUGCGACGAGCAGAUGAAUUUCAUCAAGAAUUUCAAGGGACACGCCCAAAUUCUUGAGAAAGGCGGUUACACCCAAUUCACACCCCACUAUAUAACUUGGUACUGCCCCCAGGCUUUUAUUCUGAGCAACCAGUGCAAGUCUCAGUGCAUAAACCACGGAAGGUACUGUGCGCCUGAUCCAGAGCAGGACUUUGAGGAGGGAUAUCAAGGAAAAGAUGUGGUGUUUGAGAACUUAAGGCAGCUCUGCGUCCAUCGGGUCGCGAAUGAGAGCAACCGCUCCUGGGUGUGGUGGGAUUAUGUCUCCGAUUUCCACAUCAGGUGUUCGAUGAAGAAGAGGAGAUACAGUAAAGAAUGUGCAGAGGAAGUCAUGAAAUCGCUGGGUCUCCCAGUUGAGAAGAUAAACAAGUGCAUGGGUGACCCUGAAGCUGAUACUGAAAAUGAAGUCCUCAAAACUGAGCAAGAUCUUCAGAUUGGUCACGGAUCACGCGGUGAUGUUACCAUCUUACCAACUAUGGUGAUAAAUAACGUGCAAUACAGAGGAAAAUUGGAGAGCAGUGCGCUGCUGAAGGCAAUAUGUGCUGGCUUCAAGGAGACAACUGAUCCUCCUAUUUGCUUGAGCGCAGAUUUAGAGACAAAUCAGUGCCUUGAUAAUAAUGGAGGGUGUUGGCGGGAUCCAAAAUCGAAUAUAACAGCUUGCAAGGACACAUUCAGGGGAAGAGUUUGUGAGUGCCCUGUAGUUAAUGGUGUUCAGUACGAAGGAGAUGGAUAUGCAUCCUGUGAAGCCGUUGGACCAGGAAGGUGUUCCGUCAAUAAUGGAGGCUGUUGGUCGGAUACCAAAAAUGGAAUCAGAUUUUCUGCAUGCAUGGAAUCGGAUGUAUCAGGGUGUCGGUGUCCACCUGGUUUCCAGGGUGAUGGCCAUAAAUGUGAAGAUGUGGAUGAAUGUAAGGAAAGGGUUAGCUGCCAAUGCGAUGGGUGUAGCUGUAAGAACACGUGGGGUGGAUUUGAGUGCAGUUGCAAGGGAGGUCAACUCUACAUAAUGGAGCACGACGCCUGCAUUGAAAGGAGCAGCUCAAAAGUCGGGGGCAUCCUUACCUUAGUGGUGCUCGCCGUGGCAUUGGGUGCCGGAAUAGCUGGUUACAUUUUCUACAAAUACAGACUACGGUCUUACAUGGACUCGGAGAUCAUGGCUAUCAUGUCGCAGUAUAUGCCACUUGACAACCACCAGCAUCAGGUUGUCCAUCACGAAUCUCAUCCCAAUCCCACCCCACAUUCUUCUUCCGUCUGAGGUGUUGUUUCCCCAAGUUUUGAGUCGAUACAGAUUUUCCAUGGAAUAGCAUAUAUACAGUUGUGAUCAGACACCUAAAAAUUACAACAGGAAAGCACUCUACAAUUGCUCUGUACAAAGUUUUUUGAGAUAUAAACUGGCCUGUUCCAUUGUCAAAACGUGCUUCAAUCUCAGAUUCACUUAUUUUUUUC